AGAGUUUCCUCAGUAUCUUUAGAACUUUCGUACUGUACGGAGUUAUCAAAGAAGAAAUAAAUCGAAUUGUAAAUUGUACAGUCGUGAUCUUAUAAAAUUGUCAUUCAAAAGCAAACCAGCAAAUCUCUGAAACGUAGAUAAACUUCAAGCUAACUCAAAGCUAUUUAUACUACACAGAUAAAAACAGUAUGACUACGAUACAGACAAAUGGAUCAGUAAAUAGGUUUACGAAUAGUAAGGACGUAACUAAUAAUGUUUCUUAUUAUGCAAAUAGUGAAACUGAUCUUGAUGGACCUGAUCAAAUUUUGGCGGCCGAUAGUUUCACAACUACGAAAAUGGAUGAAUGUGUACGAAUACAAUUAAGUAACGAUAAUCUUAAACCCAUAUCAGUUCCUGGAUUAUUGUCACGUAUGGCUAAGAAAUAUCCUAAUCAUAUUGCUCUAGUAGCAAGACCUGAUAAAACAGGUCGUAGAAAAACAUAUACAUUCAGCGAGUAUGAAAACCAAGUUAGAAUUGUAGCUAAGGGUUUUUUAAAAUUGGGUUUAGAACGAUUUCAUGGGGUCUGCAUUCUAGGAUUCAAUAGUCCAGAAUGGUUCUUUUCAGAUCUUGGUGCUAUAUAUGCAGGAGGAUUGGCUGUCGGAAUAUAUACUACCAAUAAUCCAGAGGCAUGUCAAUAUUGUCUUGAACUCAGCAGAGCAAAUAUAGUAGUUGUUGAAGAUUCAAAACAAUUGGAAAAAAUAUUACAAAUAAGACACAAUCUUCCCCACUUAAAAGCGAUUAUUCAAUACGAUGGCACACCGAACCAAAAAGAUGUUUUGAGUUGGAAUGAUUUAAUAAAAAUUGGAGAAGCAGAAUCUGAUGACAAAUUAAACGAAGUUCUAAAAAGAAUUGCGGUGAAUCAAUGCUGUACUUUAGUUUUCACGUCAGGUACAGUUGGAAAUCCAAAGGCUGUGAUGUUAAGUCAUGACAAUCUUAUACAAAAUGCUCAAGCUAUGACUAAAAUGUUUAAAAUGAAAGAGGCCAGUCACUCUUUAAUUUCUUACUUACCUUUAUCUCACGUUGCAGCACAGGUAAUUGAUAUAUAUUGCAUGAUUCUUGUAGCUGCUACGUUGUAUUUCGCGGAUAAAGAUGCUCUUAAAGGCACUUUAAUUAAUACUAUGCUUGUAGUACGACCUACUAUAUUUAUAGGUGUACCAAGAGUAUGGGAAAAGAUUUAUGAUAAAAUGAAAGAAAUUGCAAGUAAUAAUGGAUUUAUUAAAACAUGGAUUGCUUCUUGGGCAAAAUCACACGGACUUUAUUACAAUAUGAACAAAAUGAAUGGUAACAACUACAAGCACUGGGGCUAUAUAUUUGCUAAGUGGCUAAUCUUAAACAAAAUAAAGACAGCACUUGGUUUAGAUAGAUGUACUUAUUGCAUUACUGCAGCUGCCCCCUUAAAUAACGAAAUCAAAGAAUAUUUCUUAAGUAUAGACAUUAUCAUAUUGGAUGUAUUUGGAAUGUCUGAAUGUGGUGGAGGGCAUACUGUAUCUUUACCUGAUGAAUUCAGAUUAGGUAGUAUUGGUCAAACAUGUCAUGGAUUUAAGACAAAAGUGAAUAAUCCAGAUAGUAAUGGCGAAGGAGAAAUUUGUAUCUAUGGAAGACAUGUAUUUAUGGGAUAUUUAAAUCUACCUGAAAAAACAGCGGAAGCGUUAGAUGCAGAAGCAUGGUUACACAGUGGCGAUAUAGGAAAGAUUGAUUCAGAUGGAUAUGUAUAUAUUACAGGAAGAAUAAAAGAAUUAAUUAUUACUGCUGGUGGCGAAAAUAUACCACCAGUUCAUAUAGAACAGUUAAUAUUAGCUGAACUGCCCGCAUUAAGCAAUGCUAUAUUAAUUGGAGAUAAACGAAAAUAUCUUACAAUAUUAGUUACUUUAAAGACUAAAAUCAAUAAUGAAACUGGUGAACCAACAGAUGAUUUCACUGUAAAUAUUUUAAAAUGGUUACAAUCUAUUGGAAGUACAUCAAAAACAGUUUCUGAUGUCUUAAAAACACAUGAUUCUCUUGUAUAUGAAGAAAUUGAUAAAGCAAUUAAAAGAUAUAAUAAUAAAGCAAUAAGUAAUGCACAAAAAAUACAAAAAUUCAAAAUUUUACCAAAGGAUUUUUCAGUAGCCACUGGAGAGCUUGGACCAACACUUAAACUUAAAAGAAAUGUUGUUCAUAAGAAAUAUGAAAAUUUGAUAGAAGAUAUGUAUAAAUAAAUAUAUACAGAAAUCCUAUUUAUAACUUAAAAGAAGGAAAAACAAAACAUAUUUUUAAAUAACUUAGUGGUAACUACUGACAUACCUGCAUAAAGUGCUUCCAUAUUUAAAUUAUGAAAUUACAUAAUCAAGAAUAUUAUAAUAUUUAUAUAUAAAAUUGUUCUUUAAAUUGAUCUUAAUUAGUAAAUAUUUUAAA